GAUCAAAUUAACUUUAAUCUCAUGCAGAUCAGAGGAGAGAUCGGAAUAUAUUAAUUGUUGGGACUCGAUCAUUUGAGGUUUUGACACUUGUAAAUCAUAGUACAAAGUGGGGCACAAGAUGAUCAGUAAGUUAAAAAUGUGUUGGGGCGUGCAAAAUGUAAGCCAUGUGACGAAAGGAAGAGCAAGAAGCAAUUUUCUUGCUAAUUAGUAGAAUGUUGGGGUACAUGUGGCACACACAUGUAGGGAGUGACAGAGGUAGAAUUCAAAAAUAUACUUGUGUCCUUCUUUCAAAAUAUAAAUAAAUAAUUAAUAUAAUUAAAACUAAUAUCUUAUGGAAUUGGAAUUAACAUGAUACAUUGUGUCAUCGCGGCCUGAAAAAUGAUGAAUUACGUACCAUAGUGAUGAUGAAUUUUUCUUUUACAGAAGAAAGAUUGGUCGAUCGUUUUGGUGAGAAGGUGAAAAUCAAGUCAAUCCAUUGGAAGCAUGUAUAUAGCAGUAUUAAUGGUAGCUAGGGAAAAGGUCCACCACCAGACCAGCCAGAGAUCGACCCAGAAUAGAGAAGAGAAUUAAUGGUCUCACUCUCUUCUCAUGGUCAUGUGGGUACUAAAAAAAAUGCUCUCACGCAAGCUAUCUGGGUUCGGUUAGCAUGCUAACUCCUUAGGGAUUGAAAAAAUGACACCCCUUAGUAUAUUAAAUACAACUAUAAUUAAUACACAAUAAUUAAUACACAUUAGGAAUUAAAUGUACCAUAUUAAUUAGGAAUUCUCUCACUAUUAAAUACACAUUAGGAAUUAAAUACACACAUUAAAUACACAUUAGGAAUUCUCUCACUAUAUUUGAUUUUUCCUUUUUCAGCAGUCUCCGACCACCAGACUUCCUCCGACCGCCACACUUCUCCGGUGAAAAUCCCAUCGGCAGACUCCCUCCGACCACCUCCAAAAAAUAUACCACUGCACUGAUACGGUGUACCACUGUACUGGUAGAUAUACCACUGCACUGAUACGUUGUACCACUAUACUGGUAGAUAUACCACUGCACUGGUAGCGAUAUCAGUGCACUGGUAGCAAUGUCAUACCUGAGUAUCAGUGCAGUGGUACAAAUAUCAGUAAAGUGAUAAUUAAUGUGGUGUAUUUAAUGCUUACUUUGUAUUUAAUAACAGAACAUUUAUUAUGUUUACUUUCAUUAAUACUUGUCAAUAAUUAAUGAAAAAUUGACCAGGGGUUGUCAAAAAACCAACCCCUUAAGGGGUUAGCAUGCUAACCCGUCCCAAGCUAUCUGGUUCGCUGGAGAAUCAUAUCGUAAAUAGUAAAAACUAAAAAGUGAAUUAUUAAAAAAAUUUGACCUUUUGAGAAUUUAGGAUGAAGAAAUAUCAGCACAACUAAUAAAACCCGGUUGAGGGGGAAACAAUUCCUUGAAUAAGGUUCUCAUUGGUUUAUUGGGAAAAUUUCCAUGAUUAGACUUCGAUGAUGACGAGACGUUAUCUUGCAUGGAAGAGAGAGAGAGAGAGAGAGAGAGAGAGAGAGAGGGAGAAUUACUUGAUCAUGCGUGGCAUCAUCUGGAGGUAGUUAACAUUAUUGUAGUUUCUCCGGCGAGCGUCUGAGGUCGGCCGGCGGCGGAGGUAUAACAGAAGUGAUAAUUAAUUAGCUACCGAAGGAAGAAUCGAAAGGGAUAGCAUGAUCCAAAGGCAACAUAUACACCAACCAACUUUCUCUUAGGAUCAAUGCGAUCCCAUUGGAUGCCUCCUCUAGUUGCACUUGCUUCUUCUUCUUCUUCUUCUUCUGUGUAUGGAGUGCGGAUCCCCUUCCCAUUAUAACUACACAACUCUCUCUCUCUCUCUCUCUCUCUCUCUCUCUCUCUCUCUCUCUCUACUUUGUCUUUGAGAUCCAAUGAUGAGGAAAAUGCUCCUUUUUUAAUUAGAAGGAAAAUGAAAAACGAGCAAAUCAGCGGGUCGCGCCAAAUUUCAUAUUAUGAAAAUAAAUAUUCAAGAAAUUAAAACAAGGGCUUAAUUGCAAGUUUGGUCACUCGAAUUGCUAUAAAAUUUUACGUUUGCCACUCAAAUUAAUUUAUUCUAUUUAUAGUCACUCUAAUUAGUUGAACAGUUCAAGAUCGGUCACUCUCCGUUAACCUCCGUUAACUUUGACUGACGUGGCAGUCAACUCUGACCGUUGAUCGUUAAAUGUGUGACGUGGCAAUAAAAAAUAAUUAAAAAAUAAAAAUUAAAUUUUUAGAAAUUACACAUCAUUAUAAAAAAAUUAUAAUUAUCAAAAAUGAAAAAAAGAAAUUAUCAAAAUGUCGCCGAAGAAGACAAUUCUGCCGUCCUUCUACGGCUCCCACACCGUCGUUUCCAAUACUGCACAUACAUAAGAAUUCAUUUCCAGAUUCAUAUUAUGUAAAUCAGUCAGCCAAUCAAACGAAAUUCCGAGCAUGAUCCUGGAAUCGUUUCACUGCUUGCCCAAAAUUCCUAUAAAUCAAUCGCCCAUGUCAAUUAUUGAGACAUCACCUCUUAGACACUGAAACCAAGCUACUCAGUACUGAAAACCCAUAGCCACCACCAUCAUGUUAUUCUCAGUGGAGCUCCUAGUCACCGGCUUUCUCGUCAUACUGGCGCUGAUUCUCUUCCUCUCCCCUGCUUCCGGCCGUCGUGGCUCAAAACGGUACCCAAUAAUCGGCCACGCACUGGAGCUGAUAAGAAACAAGGACCGCCGAGUUGAGUGGACAACAGAGCUGCUCCAAGCCUCUCCGUCCGGAACGGUUGCCGUGCGACUCCUCGACCGGCAACAGAUCCUCACGGUUGAUCCCGCCGUCGUCCAGCACAUCCUCAAGACCAAGUUCAACAACUACCCCAAGGGAGAAGACAGUCGAGCGAUCCUCUUCGACAUGCUCGGGGAUUACGAUCCUCUCUCGACGACAGCCUUCUCGUUCCACUGAGGGUAGCUCCCGCCGUCGAAAUCCGCCCUGGUCGCGAUUACGAUCGGAAAGACUAAUGCCGAGGUCUUGUCGCGAAUCUCGAUAGGGGGUUUCGACAGUGAGCGGACCGAAUGAGAGGGAACAGUAAACGGAACGGUUGUUCCGUCACGUUCUUCUUCUAGGAAGAGAGCGAGUGUCCCCUUUCAAGUUGCUUCAGUGGAGAAGAAUCCAAUUUCAACGAUGCGAUUGGAGAAGCAGAGCCGCCGGCAGGUUUCGACCCAGGAGCUCCGCCGCCCUUCAAUUUGGCCGAUAUUCGAGCCGCCAUACCCAAGCAUUGCUGGGUUAAGGAUCCGUGGAAGUCGAUGAGUUACGUAGCCAGGGAUGUCGCCGUGGUUUUCGGAUUGGCUGCCGCCGCGGCUUAUCUCAACAAUUGGAUUGAUCGACUAUCUUAAAAUCCAUUCCAUCCCAACUUAAGGAGAGAUAGAGAGUGAAAGGGGUGGUUCUUGAAACUUCCCUGUAGAAUUAUAAGAGAACAACUUGCCUGCAUAAUCUCAAACGUGAAGGGGGUGGUUCUCGAAAUUUGAGGGGUUUUUUUUAUUUUUUAAUUAUUUUUUAUUUGCCACGUCACACAUUUAACGGUCAACGGUCAGAGUUGACCGCCACGUCAGUCAAAGUUAACGGAGGUUAACGGAGAGUGACCGAACUUGAACUGUUCAACUAAUUAGAGUGACUACAAAUGGAAUAAAUUAAUUUGAGUGACAAACGUAAAAUUUUAUAGCAAUUCGAGUGACCAAACUUGCAAUUAAGCCUUAAAACUAGAUCAACUUGGUUUAGACUUUUAGUUUUCCAAACUAUACUUUAAUUAAUAAAUCAACCGAGCAGUUAGUAGGAGGAUGAAUUUCCAGUGAACAUAGAAUUUGAUUCCUGAUGUGGUUCAACAUGAAUGAUCUACCUAUAUAGUAUAUAUUCAAUAUAUAAAAAGUGUAAAAAAAUCUUGAAGAGGGAAACAAAUCGAACAUAAUGUCGAAUAAUUGGUGGCAAUAAUAGCAUUUAAUAAAUUUUAUAUAUUUUUAUUUUCCUUUUACUUAUUUUGAAUGAGCCUUCUGUUCUAUGGUGGUCCUCCAAGCUACUCCACAUUGUUCCAUUCCAUCUCUACUCACAACCAACCCUUCCUCUCUUUUCUUUUCUCUUAAUGCUUUCUCCACAAGGAAUACAUUCCCAAUCCAUUAAUAAAUAGAGAAUACUAAUGCUAAUUACAACUACAAUAUAUAGUACCAAUAAACUAAUGUGCAUUAUUAAACUAUCAAAUAUCAUGUAUGCCUUGGAAUAACUAUUUUCCAAAUGAGCGCUUUAACGUACAAAAUACCAUACCAGAAUUUUUAGCUUUCACGUAACGUUAUAAAAUUUAUAAAUAUAUAUCAUUGUGAUAAUAAUAAUAAUAUUGAACAAGAAAGUGCAUAUGGCAUAGAUGGAUUAAAAAAAGUAUGAAAGUCGUUGAAUAGGGAUUUAAUUAACUUUGUCGGAACAUAGUUGGUACGAGGUAACUUUAAGGGAUUAGUAGACCAACACUUCACAAUUGAUUCAAGACCAACAAUAUAUAUUCAAUUAUUCAUAAAUAUUUAAAGACCAAUUGAAAGAGCGAUACUACAUAAACUCUCAAAUUAUUGAAAAUAAAAUGUAAACAUAGAGAGAUACCAACGGCACGCGCAUAUGAUAUGGACAUCCAUUUUACUAAGUUCAUAAGAAUUUAAGAACAAGUGUAUGUAAUAAAAAACACCAAUGGGA